AUGGAAAAAUCAAAAACAAUUCGACGUAGACGUAGUGAUUGUUCUUGGAAGAAGGAACUCAAAGCCAAAUCAAGCAUUGAAUUAGAAACCGCUCACUAUCCAGAGGGUCCAAUUGAGAUUACAUGUUCAUGGAAUCCAAUUGAUAGAACAGAGAAACCACCCUACUCGUAUGCAACUAUUAUCGGCCAUGCCAUACUGACUAGCAAAGAACGAAAGCUGACAUUGCAUGAUAUCUAUGUCUGGAUUACUGAAAACUAUCCGUUCUACUCCAAUGACACCCAGGGCUGGCAGAAUUCGAUAAGACACAAUCUCUCUCUACACAAAUCCUUUGUCAAGAUUGAUCGUGAUGGCCAUGUCCAAAACCCACCUCGGAAGGGCUGCUUCUGGACAAUCCGAGAGGGAAGCGAAAGGCUGUUCAUCGAUAAUUUACAGAAACCUGUUGCUUCAGUAAGACGACAGCAAUCAUUAACUCAUUUAACCGCUGGUAUGAAGAGACAACAUUUAUUACGUCGUACUUCGUCCAACAUCCCUCCUUCAUUAUCCACUACCUCCACGCCCAAUACAGCACCAUCAUCACCUUCAAGGUUAUUCAAUCACUUUCGUACGACUACCACAACAAGAGAUGUUCCGGAAGCCGAACAACAUUUAUUACCAUCAUCAUUAUCAUCAGAUCUGUUGUCUUCCCCAUCCUCGUCUUCUUUAUCUGGAUCUUCACCUACCACCUAUCAUCAAUUGUUCUAUAAUGUGCCUGAUUCUACCAUGUCAUACAAUGUCUAUCCCACCGAGCAAGCCGAUCUCUUUAAUAAUGAUUAUUACCUUAACUGUAACAGCAGUACCACCGGUAGUCAUCCUCCCUCGCUCUCUCCAUGUGAUGCAUACUCGACCACCUCCUCCUACAACAAUGACUAUCAGUCAUUCAGCAGAGGCAGUAAUAGAUCAUCCUUCUCUGGUGCUGCUACGUUGAAUUUAGGCUACCCUGUUACGUAUGACGCUUCUAGUUACAAAACCAAGAGCAGCGCUUAUCCCUUGACCCAUCAGUACCAUUUAGCAUACCAGCAAUCAUCAGAACAAGAACAGCCCGAUACGCUCAUGGAAGAAUGGAAUAAAUGGUACCAUAUCCCUCACGACACCACUGAAAACACACUUGUUCAUCUCUCCAGCGAUAAUAACCAUGUGCAACCACCUUCAAGAGACAAUUCCAUGGGCCUCCAUUCAUACCAUCGGUAA